AUGAUGUGGGGAUGGACGAAUGCUCAAGCGGUGGAGUAUACUGGAAUUCUUCAAGCAGUUAAUGGCCUGGUUGUGGUUUUGGUGUACGCCUUAUUCGCUGUUAAAUUGGGAGAUUACAUCUCACAAGCUCGCGAACGAAUCUUCACAAUUUUCGGACUGGCACUUGGUGUGUUAUAUCAUGUGGUCACUUUUCCUUACCCAUGGGGUAAAGAUUUGCAUUUCGAGCUUAAAAAUGUUACGGUACAUGGGAAAAAUAAAACAGAGGAGUUGGGCUGCAAUCCGGAAAAGUAUAGAUGGCGUGGCUAUACUAAGGUUGAUCGAUUUCAUCAAAUAGCAAAAUUUCAGAAAAAUUGA